AUGUUAUCAGCACCUUCUGGUAAUUGUGGUACUUCUGUAACGGCUACUAAAACCGCUGCAGCUGAAAACGCCGUUACUCUCAGUGAUUGUUAUUCGGUAACAUCGGAUGGCAUCCCAACAACGAGCUGUGGACGAUUUGAAGGUGAUGACGAUGGUGGUGAUAAUGAAGGAGGAAGUAAUGGCGGUGGUAUUUGCGAUGCAAAUAAUGGUGUCAUACUUAUGGAAUCUAUCCCAUCGUCAUCUUCAUCAACAUCGUCAUCGUCUGGACUAGGACCAGCAGGAAUCAUACCAAUGAAAGGCGCUACUAUCACAGGUAAAGAAGAUCUGGGGCCAGUUUCCAGGGAUCGCUGUAAUACUUGGCCGAUGCGACGACCAGAACUUGAUAUUAAUGCUCAAACCAGUCCUUUGAUUCAUGAACAAAUUCCGGAAGAGGAGACUGAGUAA